AUGUCCAAGCUCAAGUCAACGUACGUACCCUCUGCUGCCGUGCUGCCUCCCGGCUGGACGGAGCACAAGGCGCCGUCGGGACACAGCUACUACUACAACGCCGACACGAAAGAGUCGACCUACAAGCGCCCUGGUGCGUCACAACCCCAGGCUGAGCCAGUGUUCACUCCCAACCCAUACUCCGGCAUCCCGAAUCUCUCGGACCCCCGAGUUGCCAAUGCCUACCUUGCUCAGUUGGGCAACGCACAGCCGCCGUCGGGCGCACGCGACGGACACGACGGGCGCCGCGGACGAGGCGGCCACGACGGUCGUCCGCGGCCGCAGCCAGUGGACAAGCCGCGGAGAAAGGAGGCGAUCCCGGGGCACGAGCCGUGGCUCCUUGUUUACACCAAGUACUCGCGGCGAUUCGUCUACAACCCGGUCAAGAAGGCGAGCUACUGGCGCUUUCCCGAGAAGCUGAUGCCCGCCAUUCUCGAGCUCGACAAGGCACGAAUCAGCAGCAAGGCGGCAACCGAGGAUGAGGGGGGGGAAAAGCCUCUCGCAGGACCGCAACCGGCGCCGAGGCCGGAAAGAAUACGCGAGACAGCCGCCGAAGCCGACGGAGACGGCUCCGAGUAUGAAGAGGUCGAGGUCGAGGUCACGGACGACGAGGGACAGGGGGCCGACGACGAGGACGAGCUUGGCGGCCGACACCCAUCGAAGAGGCAACGGACGGAUGGAACCGACGAAGACGAGGCCGACCAGGGGCCGGUGGAGUUUACCGAGGCCGACAUCGCUGCCCAGUUGCAGAUGAUGGGUGCCGAGUACGGCCUCGAGCCGGGCGACUACGACGACGGAAACAUGGAGGAUUGGCCCGAAGGCACAGAGGGCGUCGAGUUUUCGGAAGACGACGCCAGGUUCCUGUUCAAGGACCUCCUCAACGACUUCGGCAUCAACCCCUACAGCCCGUGGGACCAGCUCCUCGACGACGGCAAGAUCGUCGACGACGCGCGCUACACGGCCCUGACGACGACCAAAGCCCGUCGCGAAUGUUGGGAUGAAUGGUCGCGCGAGAAGAUCAUCGAGAUGAAGGAGCGGCGGGCGAAGGAGGAGAGGAAGGAUCCCAAGGUUGCCUACCUCGCCUUCCUGCAAGACAAGGCAAGCCCGAAGCUGUACUGGCCCGAGUUCAAGCGCAAGUACAAGAAGGAGGAGCCGAUGAAGGAGGCCAAGCUGUCGGACAAGGAGCGCGAAAAGUUGUACCGCGAGCACAUCAGCCGGCUCAAGAUGUCGCAGCCGGCACGCAAGUCGGACCUCGCGGCCCUGCUCAAGUCUCAACCGGCGCACCUGCUGCACAGCAAGUCGAUGUCGACGGGGCUGCCGACCCAGAUGCUUUCCGACAUCCGGUACAUCUCGCUCGAGCCGUCGGUGCGCGACCCGUUGGUCGAGGCCUACGUGCAGGCCCUCCCACCGCCACCCGAGGAUGCCGCGGCGGCCGAGGAGGACGAGGAGAGGCGCAAGGACCGCGAGGCGCGCCACCGGCGCGAGCAGGCGCUGGAGGAGCGCAACCGUGCCGUCGAAGAGCAGAAAAGGCGAAGGGAGAGGGAGGUGGCGGCGAGCAAGGCACGCCUACGCGAGGGGGAGCGCGAGAUUGAAGAGGCCAUGCGCGUCGGCAAGCGGGGGCUGCAGAGCCAAUUGGGCGAUGGCUGA